AUGCCGCUCUUGAAGGAGCCCCCUCCCCCGCCUCAGGCCCCACUUCCCUGGAUCCUCCCAAGCCUGUUUGCUGCCUUCAAUGUCAUGCUGUUGGUGGUUUUCAGUGGACUCUUUUUUGCAUUCCCUUGCAGGUGGCUGGCCCAGAAUGGGGAAUGGGCCUUUCCCAUCAUCACAGGUCUCCUCUUUGUCCUCACCUUCUUCAGUCUCGUUUCACUCAACUUCUCAGACCCUGGCAUCUUGCAUCAAGGCUCCAAAGAACAGGGUCCCAUGAUGGUACAUGUAGUAUGGGUGAACCACAGGGCCUUCCGCCUGCAGUGGUGCCAGAAGUGUUGCUUCCACCGCCCACCCCGGACCUACCACUGCCCCUGGUGCAACAUCUGUGUGGAGGAUUUUGACCAUCACUGCAAUUGGGUCAAUAACUGCAUCGGUCACCGCAACUUCCGCUUCUUUAUGCUGCUCAUCCUGUCCCUAUGCCUCUACUCUGGUGCCGUGCUGGUCACCUGCCUGAUCUUCCUGCUGCGCACGACCCACCAGCCCUUCUGCAUAGACAGGGUCGUCGCCAUCGUGGUGGCUGUACCCGCCGCUGGCUUCUUGGUGCCGCUCUCCCUGCUGCUGCUGAUCCAGGCCAUGUCGGUGAGCGCGGCGGAGCGCUCCUACGAGGGCAAGUGCCGAUACCUGCAGGGAUACAACCCCUUCGACCAUGGUUGUGCCAGCAACUGGUAUUUAACAAUUUGUGCACCGCUGGGACCCAAGUACAUGACUGAAGCUGUCUGGCUGCAGAGAGUGGUGGAGCCUGACUGGGUGCCCAUGCAGAACCUGCACUUGCCGAUGUGCCCCUCUUCACUCACCCCAACCUCUGGCUCUCUACAAGCCAGGAAAGGGUCCCCCAGGGAGUGGUGA